GUGUGUGUUUCAGGGGUAAUAAUGUUCAGUUGGGGCAAUAGGAUGGGGCUCCACCUGCUGCCACCUGUCAGUACACCAGUCCUAUAUAAGCAUCCCCUCUACUCCUAAUGGCCAAACAGAUUUGGGAUUGCUGCUAAUACAUCAGUCUGGACUUGUGCAGUGGAACAGUCCACAGCCUCACUGAAAGGACACUAUUUCUUCAUCCCUUGGCAAACCUCUCUUAAGUAAAGGCUUUACAUCUCCAUCCUUGAAGGACAGUGGCAUCACUUGUGGAAGGAUGAAGCCUCGCAGACCAAGCUGUGCAGAUUCAGGCUCUGAGUCUGACUCCAGAGUGCUGGAGAAAUUUGAAAGUGCAGCACGGAGAAGAAUGGCAGCCAAUGCUCGAGAGAGGAAGAGAAUGCAGGGCUUGAACACGGCCUUUGACCGACUCCGCAAAGUGGUUCCUCAGUGGGGUCAGGACAAGAAACUGUCAAAGUACGAGACCCUGCAGAUGGCUCUGAGCUACAUCAUGGCCCUCAACCGGAUCCUAACCGACUCCAGCAUGCACAGCACCCCUCACAGGCAGUGGCUGGACCUGCAGUUUGACAGCAUGCAGUCGGAGAGCUACCCUUGCAUUGUGAGGUAUAGCUCACCCAUUGAAAUGGAAGACAUGCAUUCCUCCUUCUCCUACCAUUAUGAGGGUCUUCAAGUCCCUACUUAGACUGAGAUACAUUGGAUUGUUCGUUUGUAUCUUUUGUUGUGAAGAUACAGGAGUGAGUAAAUACAUUUGUAUUAAAGUUCUGUAUCAUGUAUUCCCUUACAUUUUAUAUUGAUCAGAUGAACUUCAUUACCUUGGAAUAUUUC